UUAAAUGGCGUCCAUUAUCCAUUGUCCAUCAUUGAAGUACGCCAAGAUCCCUUAACGACUAAAAGAUUGUGCUUUUUUUACGAACGUGCCGACAAAGCUCUGCGACAUUCUCCGACCAAGUUUGUAGGCGAAUCACUUGAAAGAUAAUCAAAACGGAUGUUCGGAUGAAUUGGUUUCAUCAUUUUUCAAGUGGUGCAGCAAGACGCCCUAAGUGCGGAUUCGUCGGCAUUCCACCCACUGUGUCCGCCGCUCGCAUGAUCUUUGCGAUAAGAUAGGAGCGCGUGCAGGCGUAGGGAGACGUUAGUGGUGAUGCGUGACCCGGUAAGAGCCGUCAGUGCCUCACGGUCAGCACCUGAGCCACAGACUCAGCUCGGCACCAGAGGCGGGCGGAGCAGCGGCAGCGCCGGUCCGCGACAAUGGAGACACCGAUCGCCGUCAGUAUUCUGAUCUGCGUCCUGACCUCAGGCGCGGCCGGCUCUGGCGCCGAGACCAGCUCGGUGUUCGUCCUGGAGCCGCAGGACGCCUGGCUGCGGCCCGGCGGCACCGUACAGCUCGACUGUGAGCUCACUGCCGCCAGCCAGGGCGACAUCUGCGCCUGGCGCAUCGCCGGCACCCAGCUGGGCGUCGACCACUUCUACAACGUGGCGCCGCCGGACAAGGUGCGCGCCCUGUUCCCCGAGCACGAGCGCGUCUGCAGCAUACUCAUCGAGGACGCCGACCGGCGCCACGACGGCCUCUGGACGUGCUGGCCGCUGGCCAACACCUCGCACGUCAGCUCGCGAGACGCCCGGCUCAUCGUGGCAGACGAGACCACGCUGGCUCCGACGUCCUCCGCGGGCACCACUACUGAGGCGACCUCUAGGCCCGCUCCCACCACCACCCCGGCCGACACGACCACGGAGCCGCCGAGGACCUCGCCAGAGCAGACUUCCACCUCACCAGCGCCACCUACAACUACUCCUCGCGCUACCACAGCGCCGCCUACAUCUCCUGAGGACCCUAGCACCACAACGCCGCAGCCCCCACAACCGACUACUUCCCCCUCGCCUGGCCCCGAUUUUGUCUGCCCACUGCCUAAUGGUUUGUUCGCUGAUCCGACCGACCCACGUUACUUUUACUACUGUCAAGAUGGAAUCGCCGUACGCAUGCAGUGCGAGUGGCCAAAGCUAUGGAACGAUGCUCAGAAAACGUGCGUCUGAGCAAGGCAUGCACGCCUAGCGCAUACUUUAUUUUAAUUCGUAAUGGUGCAGCAGCAAGCGGUUUGAAUAUAUGUAUGAUCUAUGAUGAUAAAAGGGUUCAGAAUUGUUAAUGUUAACGUAGAUUAGGUACUUGGAACGCUUGGAACUUCAAUAAAUCAGAAUUCAAAGAA